AUGGUUGAAUUAAUUGAUUUGCCAAGUCAUAUUAAAUCAGAAAUUAUAAAGUAUUUACCUCAACAGUCUGUGUUUAAUCUUGCCCUUACCAAUUUUGAAUUUUAUGAACCAUGUAUUAGACAAUUAUAUAAGACAAUAACGAUACAAAUUCAAGCACCAUUAAGGCCGCACACCAACUUACGAAAUGAUGAUUUUUCCGACUGUACACUGACCAUAUUAUAUGGAUUUGAUAAAAUGAUGAAAAAGGAGACUAAUUUAAAGAUGAUCUUUGCUAGGUUAAUUGUAUUAAUUCAAUCACUUAGAAUUAAUUCACAACUUCGUCAUUUUAUUAAUGAAAUCAACGUGGUUGGAGAAUGUUAUAAUGAUAACGUAAUUGAAGCUUUACAAGACUUAAUUAAUGAAUUGAAAUCUUUAAAGAAGUUCAACAUUGAAAGUUACAAGAUCCGAAGGUUGUUAGAUUUGAAGAAUUUAAAAUUGGAGAGUGUAGUUGUUGACAAUGAAAUUGAGUAUGAAAAGAGCAUUAAAGAGUUAAUUAUAGGUGAAAAUCAAUUUCAGGAAAUGUCUCAGUUUUCCACUCAAUUAAGUUCAUUGAUAUUGCCAAAUGAUAAAGUAUUGUAUUGGGAUUGGAUCAAAAAUAACAUAUUCAAAAAUAAUCUUAAACUUCCUAGUAUCGAAAAAUUUAAAUUUGUAUUUGCUUUAAACAAUUUUGAAAAUAAUGAAAGAUUAGUAAGCAUUUUGAAUUGGUCAAAAAUAAAACAACUUGAAUUAAUAUUCGACUAUACAUCUUCACAAGAUUGUAUAAUCGAUGUACUUAAUUUAAUACCAACUACACCAAAUUUAACUCAUUUAUCUAUAUCACAAUCUGAAAUAUAUUCAACUCAUGCAGAGAAUGAAAUUUAUGACCUAAAUAUAUUCAAUUUUUUGAAUAACUCAUUUCCAAAGUUAAUUUACCUUUCAAUAUCUCAUAAGGUUCCAGAUCUAGGUAAUUUUGUUGAUGGGGUUGAAGGAAACUACUUUAGAAGAUUGAAUUUAUAUAUCAACAUUUUACCCACAAUAAUUCAAAGUUUGAACAACAAAAUAACUUUGGAACUUUCCAAUUUAUUUCAGACUUUUGCAUGCUAUGAACAGUAUAUGAAUACAGUUUUAUGGAAUGGUUGUAAAUGCUCACAUUGUGAAGUAUAUUUAGGUAAAUUGGAUACAUUUUUAAUGUAUCAUAAAUAUUUCAAUAACGGAAGAUUUAGAGACAUGAAUGUGAGUCAUUUGUUCAGUGAGAUUGGGUAUAGAUUGAGUAAAAGAGAAAUUUGGAAUUUUCAUAAAACUCAAAAUGGUAAAGGUUUCAAAUGUUGUGAUACCAAAGUCAUUGAUCAAGGUGAAUAUGAUGAAGAAGAUUUUGACAAUAAAGUAGUCAGUGAUUGUGAAUUUAAUGAAGUGGUUUACAAAGGUAUUCCUACUAGUGUUUCACAUUAUUUGAAUUCUUUGGUUAUUCAAAUCUUGAAAUUGUAUCGUGGUAAUGCAGAAGGAAAUGAUGUUGAAUUUAAUGAUGGUGGUGAUGAACAAGAACAUGAGUUGAUGAUAAGAAGAAUUAUCAUAAAUGGAAUAGUUUAUAAUUUGGAUAAAGAGUUGAAUGGUACACACUUUUAUGAAAAUGUUUACGAUUAG